AUGGACGAAUGUGAAUUGGACUUGUUGUUAAAAGAACUGGAGGCUGAUCACACCGAUGUGCUUAAAUACAUUGACCGAGAGUUGGAGAAGAAGGCCACGACGAUGGUUGCUGAUGAUUAUGAGCGCUUGCAGAAAAUCGGUCAAGGCACCUUCGGUGAGGUUUUUAAGGUUAGACAUAAGUUGACGAAAGAGCAUUUCGCUCUAAAACGCCUCAAGACUGAACAGGAAACCGAGGGCUUUCCGGUGACCGCUCUCAGGGAGAUCCGUAUCCUUAGUUCCUUGUCUCACGAAAAUGUCGUUUCACUUCGUGGAGUUUGUCACAAAAGAGCAAGCCCAUCAAGCAAUUAUAGAUACGAAUUCUAUCUGUUGUUCGAUAUUUGUGAACACGACUUGGCAGGAUUACUGACUCACAAGAUCGAAUUCAGCCUUGCCGACAAGAAAAGCAUUAUGAAGCAGCUGUUCACAGGGUUGUACUUUCUGCACAAGAAUAAUGUUCUGCACCGCGAUCUCAAGACUUCAAAUAUCCUUAUUGAUGCCAAGGGUGUGCUCAAAAUCGCUGACUUUGGUCUAGCUAGGCUCACAGUUGCCCCAGUACGUCCGGAUCGGCCAUCUCGAUACACCGGCCGUGUCGUUACUCUCUGGUACCGCCCACCGGAAAUCUUACUGAAUGAUCGAUAUUAUGGCAAACCCGUGGAUUUGUGGGGCGCGGGUUGCAUUAUGGCUGAAUUAUGGACGAGAUACCCCAUAAUGCAAGGCGACAACGAGCUUGCUCAACUCAACCUGAUUAUCCAGCUAUGUGGGUCGAUCACGACAGAUAUUUGGCCGGCUGUCAAGAACCUUGAAGCAUUCCAGAAGUCCAAACUACCUAGAGAUGUUAAGCGUCACGUCCGAGAAAAACUCACUCCGCAGAUACCCUGUCCAUCGGCAGUGGAUUUGAUUGACAAAUUGCUUAUUCUGGAUCCAUCGAAACGGUUUGAUGCUGAGCAGGCUCUUUCACAUGAUUUCUUCCAUGAAAACCCACCUCCGUCUGACUUGAGUUUUCUGUCAAAGAACGGAAACUGUUACCUGGAAUACUCGGGACAACUAAAUCGAAACCGUCAUUUGGUAGCCGGAAACAAUUUCCGUGGUGCGCAUCCCGGUCAGAAUUUUGCAGGACGCCGCCAUCCAGGUGCAGCUGGUGUUCCAGCUGCACUUGCAGUACAUCAAGGAGUUAAUGCGGGUUAUCGGUAUCGGGGUCUUCCACCUGAACAGGAUGCCUCGAAUAUUAGUGAUCGCAUUUUUUAAAUCUGGAUAUUGCUGCUGACAACCUAUUUGCCAAACCUCGUGGUUCUAGUUGUUUCUGAAAAGCACCGCAAUUCUCGUCCUUUUUCGGAUGACACCAGAGGUGCUUUUGUAACCGUGCGAGGGUCUUUGUGAUAUUAUUGGUAAAUGUGGUUCAAGAUUCUAACAUUAUUUUCCAUUUUCUCUUCCCAUACUACAUCCGCCCCUUCAUCUCGAAAGUUAUGCAUUUACCUGUUUCCAAGGUGUGUCCAUAUUGCCGAAUGACUGCGCGCUUUCUGAUGGUAACGGUCUCUCUGUUUUCUUGAACAUUCUGGUUUGAUAAACGAGCGACCACGGCUGUUGUGAUUAAUUGUUGUUUGUUCGACCAGAUGACCACCCUUCUGCUAAGCUGCCUAUUUUGUAAUAGAAACUGAGAGAAU